UUUACGUUUCAAAUUAAGUGGAAAAAGUGUGCUUUUAAUGCUUUUUAAAAGGAUUUUUACCUUAUUGUUUGGUUUUGGUUUUUUUUCUUCGUAAAUUUCGAAAACAGUGUAAAAUGUUGCCAGACUAUGUGAAAAACUGCAUCCAUAAAAUUGCCAAAUCCGAAGGUUUCACCGAUUAUUCUAUCCAAUUGAAGGCCGGCUCAAGUCAUGGUGAUAAUUUUUUGGGAAUCAUGAUUGCGGUCACGUUGUCUGGCACACGGCGUCAACAAAACGGUGUCAUUCGAUCGGAGGAAUUACAUUUGCUGUGCAAAACACCACCAACGAAUGAAGCUCGACAAAAACAUUUCCACGCAUCAGUGGCAUUCAGUCGUGAAAUUUAUAUGUAUACGAAAUUAUUGCCAGCAUUCGUUCAAUUUCAACGCGAAAAGGGUUUGAAUGACAUCGACGCAUUUGUAUCAUUUCCAAAAGUGUUUGUAUGUGAAAUGAACGAAGAAACCGGUUCGUUUACAUUAAUUAUGGAAGAUUUGCGUCCGAAACAUUUUGAAAUGUGGCCCAAGAACAAGACAGUCGCACUCGAUCAUGAGCUACUCGUUAUGCGUGAACUGGCUAAAUUUCAUGCCGUUUCAUUUGCGAUGAAAGAUCAAUGUCCAAACAAAUUUCGUGAAUUCAAACAACUUAAAGAUACGUUUGUUAACGUUUUUAUAAAAGAUACACUAAUAACACUCCUUCCAAACCUAAUUGAAAAUGCAAUUGACCUACUGGAGAAGCCUGACCACAAGAAAAUUAUGCAAAAUUUCCGAAAAAAUUAUUUGGAAAGAGCAGAUAAAUUGAAAACGGACCCAUAUUGCGAUGAAUUUGGAGUUAUAACGCAUGGUGAUUGCUGGAAUAAUAACUUCAUGUUUCAAUAUACCGAUGAGACGAAGAAGCAGUUGAAGUCAAUUUGCCUUGUCGAUUGGCAACUGUCUCAUUAUUCUCCACCUGUAAUUGACCUACUGUACAAUAUAUUCACAGGAACAGACCAUGAAUUCCGUGCUCAGCAUUAUGAGACGUUGUUGAAAACAUACCACACAUCAUUGAGCGAUACAAUAAGAAAACUCGGAAGUGAUCCUGAUAAAUUGUACACGUAUGAUGAUUUGAUCAUGCAAAUGAAAAAAUUCAGUGAUUAUGCAUUGUUACUGGCCCCACUAAUCAUUUCGAUUCGAGUAGCUAAAGCAAAGGACAUAUCGAAUUUGGACGAAUAUGCUGAACAUUGUGAACGAAACGAAAGUGUUGAAAUGCUUGGUAAAUUUGACGAUGACACUCAAGCUGAAUUUAGUCGACUAAUGAAUGGCCUACUCACUGAUCUUGUCGAUUAUGGUUAUGUAAAAUGUGAAUAAAAAAUGUAAAUGUGGAUGUAAACUUGAAAUUUCAAAGGUAUAGUUUAACCUAUCAACUUUUUGUUAAGCACGGAUGGAGGAAAAAAUUAGUAUCACCUAUGUUUUAUAAUUUUUACGCACGGUUAUUAUUUCUUUUUAUUAUUAAUAAAUUUGGGUUCUUUUUUUUUAUCUAGAAUUGAAUAUCAGAAUGUUA